CCGCUCCAUCUCAGUUCUCUGCCUUUCUGUUUCCCUUUGCCUUCCUCAUCCCAACUCUCUCUCUCUCUUUUUCACAUUUCUUCUGCAAUGUCCACUUCACGAAGAAAACUUGUCCUCAACACAGUCUCCGUCAGCCUCGGCUGCAGCAGCUGUAAAAAGCCAAAACUCUCCUUCCUUUUCCACCCAAAACCCAAACCCAAACACCGUCCCUCUUACUCAAACCACUCCCUCUACUCCUCUUCAACCGACUAUGACACCACCAGCGCCACCACAUUCUCCCCCAACACGUGGGAAAGCGAAGGAACCGCCACUUACAAGAACAACCGGGCCGGUUCGAGAACCGUUCGAGGAUUCGGCCGUGUGGGAGGUCAAAGCCUGGCUGUAGAGAAAGAAUCCGAUGAUCCGUAUUUGGAUUUUCGACAUUCGAUGUUGCAGAUGAUUCUGGAGAAGGAGAUAUACUCAAAGGACGAUCUUAAAGAGCUGCUGAACUGUUUUUUGCAGCUGAAUUCUCCGUAUCAUCAUGAGAUUAUCGUUAGGGCGUUUACUGAGAUCUGGAAUGGAGUACUUUCUGGCAAGAGCGGUUCAUCGAAGCUGCAUUUUGGAUGCAAGUCACGUGAGUUUUAGGGGUGUACACGUGUCUCCAUGUCUGACUAAUAAAAUCUUGAGUCCCCAAUGUGGGGCCUCUUUAUGAUUCUCUCUCAGCUGUCUGCAAAAAGUUUUUGAUGGAAAUGUAAUGGAAAAAACCCAUAGAAGUCUCAGUUGUUUAUAGUUUUCUUUAA